ACUCUCUUAUGACCAAACACUGUCACCCUUGUCAGUGGCGUCAUCAUCAUCAUCUGUCCCAACCUUUUUUUUUUUGUCUUUCCUGUAUAAAUAUCUCACUAAAUCGUAUAUACAGUUUGAUUUUACUCCUUGCUGUAAUUUUGAAAGAGGUUUUGUUUUUUUUUUUCUGGGUUUUGUCUGUAUUCUUGUUUGGUUAAUUGCACACCACUUCCCCUUCCCUUUCUCUCUCCUCCGUUCUGUUCUUUUCCUCAUCUGUUUGGUCGGCUUCUCUGCAAUUGUUUUCAGUACAGAUACCAAGGAAGAAGAAAUAGAGAGAAGAGGAAAGAAAAUAAGAGAUUCUUAGACAUGGGUUAGGCUGGAAAUUUCGUGAUUUCAUCUUCCUCUUGACCGAUUUUGUCGUUGUGUCGUCUCUCUUCUUGAGCUUUUUUUUUUUGGGUCUAAUAGAUUCUCUUUUUUUUUUUGGUGGGUGUUCGAGUUGGCGAAGGUGUUAGGGUUAGGGUUUUUGAGUGUGGUCGGGUCGGAGCGGAGGCAGUAUGUGGGAGUCGAAGCCAUUGGAUUGAAAAGAGUGACUCUGGAUUCUCCGGCGGGCAACGACCACCGCCGCCGCCGCCGCCGGGACCAUACAGAUGACGACGACGACGGUGAGCCCCAAUAUGAUCCAUCAAUGGUGGACGGCGACUCCUCCGCCGCCAUCCUCAACAACCACCGGCCUCUACCACCGUCGACGGUCUACGGGGAGGAAGGACCGUCACAGCAAGGUUUGUACGGCCAAGGGACCACGUGACCGUCGCGUGAGGCUGUCGGCGCACACCGCGAUUCAGUUCUACGAUGUUCAGGACAGGCUUGGCUUCGACCGACCCAGCAAGGCCGUCGAUUGGCUCAUCAAGAAGGCUAAGACCUCCAUUGACGAGCUCGCCGAGCUUCCGCCAUGGAACCCGGCCGAGACCCUUCGCAACGCCAAGCCCAGAAGAGCCGCCAAAGCCAAAGCUUCCCCGCCUCCGCAGCCACCGCCGCCGCCUUCAUUGACGCAUGAGGGUCAGUUCGGUGCUCCGGUGGUAGGUUUUGCCGGAGAAGAUAACGGGUUGGGAUUUCUUCCGGCGUCGCUGGACUCGGAUUCGAUAGCCGACACUAUCAAGUCGUUUUUCCCGGUGGGCGGCGGCGGCGCGUGUGCUUCGACGGAGGCUCUGAAAACUAUAUCUUUUUGCCAGAGCCAAGAUCUUCGGCUCUCGCUUCAAUCCUUCCAAGAUCCUCCGCCGUUGCUCCUCCACCAUAAUCACCGCACCCACCAGACGGAGCCACUUCUCUUCGCCGGACAAAACCACCCACUAGGAUUCGACGCAUCGACUUCUCCGUGGGAGCAGUCACACCACCAACACAGCCACCACCAAUCUUCGGAAAUCGGAAGGUUGCAGAGACUGGUGGCUUGGAACAGCGGCGGAGUAUCAGACACCGGCGGAGGAGGAGGAGGAGGAGAGUUUGUCUUUGCUUCUCCGCCGGCGACGACACCGUUUCAGCCAGUGUCAGUGUGCAGCCAUAGCCAGCUGUUUUCUUCUCAGAGGGGUCCCCUUCAGUCCAUUAACACGCCCAUGAUCCGUGCUUGGCUUGAUCCUCAUCAUCACCACAUCGAUGAUCUCCACUACCAUAUUCCUCACCAGCCGGCGAUUCCUGGAAUCGGAUUCGGUUCCCAAACAGGUGAAUUCUCCGGUUUUCGAAUUCCAGCACGGAUUCAGGGCCAAGAAGAGGAGCACGACAGUAUCACCAACAAGCCGUCCUCUGCUUCCUCUGUUUCUCGCCAUUGACAAGAUCCAAAAACUUUGCAAAAAAAAAAAAAAAAGCCCCGCCGGUCUUAAAACGGUUUCUUCUACUUCCAGGACAGCCGUUCUGAAUCUGCUAAGAUUUGCGUGGGAGGGAUCGAUUUGCAUUUGUUUUGGAUUUAAUGGCCUUUUAACCAAGGAAAGGAGGAGGAAGAAGAAGAAGAAGCAAUCUGAUCUGCAAUUUCAGGUUCUUCUUUCGGAAUCCUGUCCUUGGAAUUCAUAUCGUCUUGUACCUGUACAACCUCUGUUUUCUUGUAAUGUCUAGCCACGGCCAAAUUCACAUGUUGUUUAUCAUUUCUGAAGCUGUGUUGUAUCAUCAUCGUCCUGUUUGCCACAUUGCCUGACAUUUUGGAAAUUCGACUGUUCCCCUGUGUUCUGUUUGUGUUCAA